AUGAGCGCGAAAUCGGAGUUCGAGGGAAAAAGUGAAUUUUUUUAAUAACAUGGGGCUUAAAAGGAAAACUGCUAUUACGUGGUCUGUCCUCGAAUUAACGGGGCUUCUCGAAGACGAAGAUUCGCGUGUGUAUUUCGAAAGAACCAAAAGACAUCUCGGUUUGCAUCCAUUUCAUCUAACAGACCUAAAUGCGGCAUUGCACGAAAUUUUAAGCUCGAGCUUAAAUAAAUAUGAUCCCGAAUUGAAGGGAAUUUUACUUUCCUAUCAAAAUCCUAAACUACUUAAUUGCCUUGGAGAUAUAUUUUAUGAUACCUGUUACGUACAUGUGGACAUUGAAGCAGAUUUCUAUGUCUUCAGACCAGAUGUUCCAUGUAACCUAAGAGGUAUUGUUAAUAAAAAAAGUGAUGGUCAUGUAGGGGUUUUGGUACACAAAGCGUUCAACGUGUCUAUUCCUAAGCCAGAGGAUGAUAAUGAUUGGCCAGGUAAUAAGGUGAGCGUAGGACAGGAGGUGAAAUUCACUGUGUCUUUCUUGGAUUUUAAAGGGAGAUUACCCUAUAUUCGUGGUGUUUUUGAUCCUGAUGAAUAUUUACAAGGAUGUAGGAUAUUUGACCCAACUGUAAAUAUCAUUCCUGAAAUCAAAGAUGGACCUACAAAGAAGAAAUCUCAAGAUGUUGCAGUUCCAAGACAAAAUAAACGUGUUGUGUUCAGUAGCGAUGAUGAGCAAGAGGAAGCGCAGGAACAAGUUUCCCCUAAAAAGAAUUUAAAAGCCCCAAGAAAUAAGAUAAAACAGAUAAUGGACUCUGAAGAGGAGAUUGAUUCUCCAAAAAAGCAAACCAGCAAGUCUUUGGCCUCUGAAUUGAAAACAAAUGACUCAAAAAGCAAGUCGAAAAAAUCAAAAAAAGAAACUACACCAAGCUGGGAAGUAAAAAAGGAAGAAGAAGAGACAAAAACACCCACUAAAAAAUUAUCGAAAAAAUUGUUAUCCAAAGUUUUUGAAAGCAGUUCAUCCGAGGGGGAAAAAGAGUCGCGUCAGACUCAACUUAAAAAGACUAUUAAAAAAUCCAAGAUGUCGAAGCAUCAACUGAGCGACAGUGAAUCUGAAGUAGAGAUGACACCAUUAUCUAAAAAACAAUCGAAGAAAUCAAAAACUAUAAAAUUAGAAGCAGCAGAAAUGAGCAAUGUCGAGAGGAAACCUACAAUUUUGACACCUGUGAUUAGUCAAGAUAGUGAUGCAGGUGAACAUGAAGAGCCAUUGUCAAGAUCACCUAAAAAACAGAUGAAGAAAUCAACAUCGGAUGAUACCGUAAUGUCGUCUAGAGCUCUUAAAUAUGAAAGGAAGCAGGAUAGCGAUAUAGAAGAAGAUGAUUUACUAGCUCUGAAAUCAGUAUCUAAGAAACAAUCGAUAAAAUCUAAAAGAAAAAAUUCAGAAACAGAAGUAUCAAGUGAAAACAAAAGGAAACCCAACAUUUACAAUUCCUUAAACAGCCAGGAUAGCGAGAGUGAAGAAGAAAAGUCAGUAAGAAUACCAUCACCUAAAAAAUCAUUGCAAAGAUCUAUAAACGCGGAUUCUAAUGUAUCCCCUACAAAACAAAUGAAGAAAUCGAAAAUUAGCAAUGAAACUACAUUUUCUGCAAGCGAGACAGAAGAAGAAAAGACGGUACAACUACCAUCCCCUAAGAAAUCAUUGAAAAAAUCCAAAAACCUAAAUUUGGAUAUGUUCACUGCAAGUGAUACUGAAACUAAACACAAAACCUUCAAAUUUUUAACAAGUAGAGAAAGUGAUACCGAAAGGGAUGUAAUGCCACCACCACCACAAUCAUCCCCCAAAAAACAAUUGAAAAAAUCUAAAAAUGCAAAUUCAGAUACGUCUAUUUCAAGCGAUACUGAAACUAAGCAUAAAACAUUUAAGUUUUUAACAAGUAGGGAAAGUGACACGGAAAAGGAUGAAAUCCCACCACCACCACAAUCAUCCCCCAAAAAACAAUUGAAAAAAUCUAAAAAUGCAAAUUCAGAUACGUCUAUUUCAAGCGAUACUGAAACUAAGCAUAAAACAUUUAAGUUUUUAACAAGUAGGGAAAGUGACACGGAAAAGGAUGAAAUCCCACCACCACCACAAUCAUCCCCCAAAAAACAAUUGAAAAAAUCUAAAAAUGCAAAUUCAGAUACGUCUAUUUCAAGCAAUACUGAAACUAAGCAUAGAACAUUUAAGUUUUUAACAAGUAGGGAAAGUGACACGGAAAAGGAUGAAAUCCCACCACCACCACAAUCAUCCCCCAAAAAACAAUUGAAAAAAUCUAAAAAUGCAAAUUCAGAUACGUCUAUUUCAAGCAAUACUGAAACUAAGCAUAGAACAUUUAAGUUUUUAACAGGUAGGGAAAGUGACACGGAAAGGGAUGAAAUCCCACCACCACCACCACCACCACAAUCAUCCCCCAAAAAACAAUUGACAAAAUCUAAAGUUAUAAACAGGUCAACAUCAAGCGAAUCAGAAGCGGAUGAAGUGCUUCGUCCAAAAUCAUCUUCCAAGAAAUCAUUACAGAAACCCAAAAAUAAAAAUUCGGAUACGUCUGCUGCACGCGAUUCAAGCAAUAUGAAAACAAAAUCCAAAAACUUGCCAUCCUUGACGGAGUCUAAUUAUAGUGUGUUAACAGCAACACCGCAAUCAAAAUCAACAAAAAAAUCCACUAAAACACCAAAAACAUCUCUUAGUCAGGACAGCGAGUCAGAACGAGAAGAAGUUCCCGAAAAAAAAAUGUCACCACAGUCACAAUCUCAAGAAUUAAAUUCCGAAACAGCCAAGGAGACAGACACAAAAUCCAAGAAAGUAAAAAAACUAAGUAAUAAAACAACGAGCGAUGUGAAGGAAAAACAAAACAUAACGGAUUCAUCAAUUUCGAAAAAGCUCUUAGCGUCAUCGAAAUCCGCCAAAUCAUCGAACAGAUCAAUUACUGAAACCAAAGAACAAAAACAAGUCGAAUCGGCUAAAAAGGACAUAGAAGAAGUGGACGGAUUAAAAGGUACCAAGAGAAAAAAGAAACGAUCAAUAAACGAAGACUUGAGUUCAGUAAAGAAAGAACCGGAAGUGGAAGAAUCACUAAAGCAAUUGCCGAAAGUAAAGAAAAUCAAAACAGAACAUCCUGACGCAUCGAAAAACGAGAGUCCAGUUAACAGAUCAAAAAUGUCUUUCUUCAAUAUUGGUGAAAUUGUAAACUCUACACCAAUUCCUUUUACGCAAAAGAAAAACGCGAGUACCGGAAGUAAAAAAAACGUAGCAACGUACAGCGACAGCGAUAGCGAAACGGACGAAAAUGAAUCGAUAAAUUGGCGAAACUUUAAUCCAAGGUCGAAGAAAAAUAAGUCCCAAAAUCGUGAGAUUGAUAAUUUCGAAAAAGGUCUCAAGCAAAGACUUAUGCAAUCUUCUCUGAGCAUAGACGACAGUGACACCGACGACAAUAGUACAGCAUCACCCAACAAGUCUUUAAAGUCCUUAAUGUCAAUAAAAAAAGGAAAAUCUACAGAAAACAGGAUUCAAUUCAAAGAGGAAAAAUCACCUCCACCUCAAAUUAACAGCAAUACGGUUUUAUCCCCCAGUAAACCUAGCAAACGUAAACGAAAGAACACGAUGACAGUUGAUGACUCUAUGGAUGAAGAAGCACCAGAAGACUACUCAUCGAAGGAUAUUUUUAAAGGCAAAAAAAUAAAAGUGGAGCCUAAAGGUUCGGACGAAGAGAAAUUGACCUCUAAAACAAAGUCCAUGUACGAAAAUGACAAAAAGUUGGUAAGUUCACCAAAAAAGAGUGCUACUACAAAACAAAGAGCCACGAAAAGUUCUAGCAUAGAGAAUUCAAAAAAUGACAAAAAGAAAAAUAACAAAUCAAUUGAUAAUCACAGUGACCACGAAAAAGAUAAAGUCAAUAAUUCAAGACGGAAGUAUAAAAGAAUUCUUGAUCCAUCUGAAGAUAACUCUACAGACCGCUCUCUUACGAGUCCAAAGAAAAGUAUGGCGUACAGGCAAAAUACAAACACAGUGGAAAACCUAGAUAUCUCAAUGCAGGAAGAAAAAUUGUACCUAAGGAUGAAAAUAAAAGAAGAGCCCUUAUGAAUAUCUUAAUUCACGGCUAGAAAUAUAUUUUUUUUUUGUUAUUUUAAAUAAUUGCAAUAUAUGUACGACAUCUUUUUCGCCAAGGGAACUAUUUGUACAGUUAUACAAAAGAAUCAUUCUCGACACAAACUAUUCAUUACUGCUAUACACUUUCAUCUCUAUUGUUUUCUUCAUUUCUUUUUUUCUUUUCAUUCCCAUCGACGCAUAUACGACAAAUUCAGACUGUAAAAAUAACAUUUUAUACUGAACAGACAUCUUAUUGUGUAGCUUUGUAAGCGCGUAGAUGUAAAAUAUUUUAAUGUUUGUUUUUUUUCCAGAUAUUACAAAUAAUAAACGUUAAUAAAUUCUUAA